ACACUAAAAAUGUAAAAUGAGCAUAGUUGAAGAACUAUAUGUGUACUUAAACUCUUUCUUUCACAAAAAACACAGUUUCAGCUGAUUCAAUGUCCUCCUGCUCACACCCAAUUUCAGAUUCCAAAAAUCUGGUGGCUUAACCUUCCUGCAAUGUGAUUGACCACUUCAUGUACAAAUGCAAAUCUUUCAAUAGCCCAUCACAAAAAGGUUCUAACUUUCAACUCUUAACACUCAUCCAACACAAGAACAACCACAAAUUGUGAAUAAAAAUGCAAACUUUCCAUCUGGGUAUUGUUCUAUAUUCUCUCCAAGAUUAAAGAUUUGACCCAAUUCACCAUCAUGGACUUCAAGCCAGAGAAGCAAGUCAGGUUUUACACUGGAGGAGAAAAUGGGAAGUCAAAGUUUGACUUUGACCAUUCAUGGCAAAUCCCAGAUAAACAGUUACUACCUGAACACAAGAUUUCAGCCCCAUUGUUGAUGAAUGGUGGCAAAGGUAGAAGUAUUAAACUAGGGAGAUCUAGGGUUCAUCCAGAAGAAACUAAUGAUUCAAAGGGGAAAAGGGUUUUGGAUCCUGGAAGUGAUGUUAUUUUACAAUGGAACAGGAUUUUUCUUUUUUCUUGUUUAGUGGCACUUUUUGUGGAUCCAUUGUUCUUUUACCUUCCUUCUGUUGAAAAUGAAGGAGGGUCUUCUUGUAUGUUGUCUGAUUUGAAUUUAGGGAUUGUUGUUACGUGUUUGCGAACGAUGGCGGAUAUAUUUUAUAUGUUGAAUAUAGCUAUAAAGUUCAGGACUGCUUAUGUUUCGCCGAGUUCUAGAGUGUUGGGUAGAGGUGAACUUGUUAUGGAUCAGGAGAAGAUUGCGCGGAGGUACUUGAAGUCCAAUUUUUUUAUAGAUCUUGUUGCAACAUUGCCUUUACCCCAGAUUGUCAUAUGGUUCAUUAUCCCAGCAAUAAGAACCCCGAGUGCCGAUCACACCACCAAUGCUUUAGUACUUAUCGUACUCCUCCAAUAUAUUCCAAGACUUUAUCUGAUUUUCCCUUUAAGCUCUCAAAUCAUCAAAACUACGGGAGUUGUCACCAAAACUGCUUGGGCCGGUGCAGCAUAUAAUCUUGUAUUAUACAUGUUAGCUAGUCAUGUUUUAGGGUCAUCAUGGUACUUGCUGUCAUUUGAAAGGCAUGCAACAUGUUGGAAAUCUACUUGCAGAAACGAUAAUAAUCCGAUGAUGUGUUCACUUCGUUAUUUGGAUUGUGGUUCGUCAAACGACGAUGAGCGGAAGAAAUGGGCCAAUGGGACAAAUCUUUUUCAAAUCUGUGAUCCAAACAAUGACACGGGUUUCCGAUAUGGGAUAUUCGGACCUGCUGUUGCAAAAGGUGUUGUUUCAUCCAAUUUCUUUGAAAAGUACUUCUAUUGCUUGUGGUGGGGCUUACAAAACUUGAGUUCAUAUGGACAGAAUUUGGCCACAAGCACGUUUAUUGGAGAAACAUCGUUCGCCAUACUCAUCGCCAUCAUGGGACUUGUACUAUUUGCCCAUUUAAUAGGAAAUAUGCAGACCUACCUACAGUCCAUCACUGUAAGGCUCGAAGAAUGGAGGCUUAGACGGAGGGACACUGAGUCAUGGAUGAGACAUCGACAACUACCCCAUGAUUUGCAAGAACGUGUUCGUAAAUUUGUGCAGUACAAGUGGCUUGCGACACGCGGUGUUGAUGAAGAAUCUAUUUUGCGCAAUUUGCCUUCAGAUCUUCGUCGAGACAUACAACGCCACUUGUGUCUCGACCUUGUUCGACGUGUCCCAUUUUUCUCUCAAAUGGACGAUCAACUACUCGAUGCUAUAUGCGAGCGGUUAGUUUCAUCACUAAGUACUCAAGACACAUACAUAGUACGCGAAGGUGAUCCCGUCUCAGAGAUGCUUUUUAUCAUCAGAGGAAGACUCGAUAGCUCCACCACUAACGGAGGCCGAACGGGUUUUUUCAACUCAAUUACUUUAAGGCCAGGUGACUUUUGUGGCGAAGAAUUGCUUGCGUGGGCCCUACUCCCUAAAUCCACUCUAAAUCUACCAUCUUCCACAAGAACCGUAAGAGCAUUAAGUGAAGUUGAAGCUUUUGCUUUACGCGCAGAAGAUUUAAAGUUCGUUGCCAAUCAGUUCAGACGGUUGCACAGUAAGAAACUUCAACACACCUUCCGGUUUUAUUCGUAUCAUUGGAGAACGUGGGCCGCGUGUUUUAUUCAGGCUGCUUGGCGCCGAAUCAAAAAGAGAAGAAUGCAGUGGAAUUUGAGCAUGAGUGAAUCAUCGUAUCGUCCUGAUGAUGACGAUGACGUUCAUCAUCAUCGUCCUCAUCAUCGUGAUCAUGAGGAUGGACAUGAAACCGAACAUCAUGAUGAUGCGUCGUCAUACAAUCCGAAUCCGCUCAAUGUCACGAUAUUAGCUUCGAGAUUUGCUACAAACACGAGGCGAGGAAUCUUGAAAACAAAAGAUGUUGACUUGAUCAAGUUACAGAAACCUGAAGAACCUGAUUUUUCUGCUGAUCCAGAAGAUGACUAGAUUUAAAUUAUACAUGAUACAUGGUACAACAUACUUGUGUAGUUAUUUAAGUUGGUACUUGUAUAAUUGAUAGUGUGUUUAUAUGUACUAUUAAUUAAAUGUUCAAACAAACAUGAUUCAAAGGUUAGUAAACAUUAACUCUGUUGCCAUUAA